GUUCCGCCCACGAUAUCAAAAGCCAUUGGACUACACUCGCUCGGUGUGUUCGUGACAAGAAGCUUCUUUCACACUCGACCGAGGCGAACAGUCCAGAUUUCUACUCAAGCAUCAUAAUCCAUUGGAAAAAUGGGUUCAAGACCCGAGCUGCAAGUCGACGACGAAGUCGGCCUCUUGAAGGCAAUCCGCCAACUUGACUCGAGCAGAGCGGCAGACACCAUUCGAAUAUUCGACAAUGGCGAUUACUUGUCAGCAUACGGCGGCGAUGCUACCUUCAUUGCCCAAGCACAAUACAAGACCACAUCGGUAUUAAAGCAGUUGGGUCGAAAUCCGGGCAUGCCUUAUGUCACAAUGACAGUGACAGUCUUUCGAACAUUUCUGCGCGACGCAAUAUUUCGUCUGAACAAACGGGUGGAGAUCCUCGAGUCGUCGGGUCGAAAUCAAUGGAAAGUGGUCAAGCGUGCAUCGCCAGGCAAUCUGCAGGAUAUCGAAGACGACCUUGGCGGGCACAUAGAAUCUGCCCCGAUAAUACUCGCCGUCAAAGUUUCAGCAAGAGCCAAUGAGGCUCGGAAUGUUGGGGUCUGUUUCGCCGAUGCCAGUGUUCGAGAGUUGGGCGUCACAGAGUUUGUCGACAAUGACAUUUACUCGAACUUCGAAUCCUUGAUCAUUCAGCUGGGAGUCAAAGAGUGUUUGAUUCAGGCCGACGCAAGCAGGAAAGACCCCGAAAUCCAAAAAAUCCGAGCGAUCGCCGAUAAUUGUGGAUGCGCCAUCGCAGAGAGACAAGGAGGUGACUUUUCAGACCGCGACAUCGACCAAGACCUCAACCGGCUACUUCGUGGCGAGAAAACGAUUGCAACACUGCCACAAUCAGAUUUGAAGCUUGCGAUGGGCUCAGCUGCAGCGUUGAUCCGCUACCUUGGAGUGAUGUCAGAUCCCACCAAUUUCGGAGAAUAUCGACUCUACCAACACGACCUCAGCCAAUACAUGAAACUGGACUCUUCUGCACUCAAAGCGCUCAACCUGAUGCCCGGCCCUAAAGACGGGUCAAAGACAAUGAAUCUAUACGGACUGUUGAACCACUGUAAAACUCCCAUAGGAAGUCGGUUACUUGCGCAAUGGCUCAAACAACCAUUGAUGAGCUUGGAGGAAAUCGAACGCAGACAACAGCUAGUCGAAGCAUUUGUGAACGACACAGAACUAAGACAAACUCUCCAGGAAGAACAUCUCAGGUCAAUACCGGACUUAUAUCGCCUUGCGAAAAAGUUUCAACGGAAAAAGGCCACUCUGCAGGACGUGGUUAACGCAUAUCAAGUGGCCGUUAGGCUACCUGGCUUCGUCGGCACGUUUGAAGGCGUCAUGGAUGAGGCAUACAAAGGAAUCCUCGACAUAGAAUAUAAUGACAAACUGCGAUCAUACUGCGACAGCUUCUCCGGAUUACUCGAAAUGGUUGAGACGACCAUCGAUCUGGACGCCCUUGACAAUCACGAAUACAUCAUCAAAUCAGAAUACGACGAUGGUCUGCGUAUCAUUCGAAAGAAACUCGAUAAGCUGCGUUACAACAUCGAACAGGAACACCGUCGUGCUGGCGAUGACCUCAACCUCGAUAUCGAGAAGAAACUCAUCCUCGAAAACCACCGAGUGCACGGCUGGUGUAUGCGUCUGACCCGAAACGAAGCAAACGCCAUUCGUGGGAAGAAAAAGUACAUGGAUAUUGCGAUCCAAAAGAACGGGCAAUAUUUCACCACCGUCGACCUCGCAGAGAUGAAUCGAGAAUUCCAGUCCCUCUCCGAGAGCUAUAACCGCACUCAAACUGGCCUCGCCAACGAAGUCAUCGGUGUUGCAUCCUCCUACGCGCCCGUCAUCGAGAAGCUCGCUGGUGUGGUCGCACAUCUUGACGUGAUCGUUUCAUUCGCUCAUGUUUCGCUCCAUGCACCUACAGCUUACGUUCGUCCCAAAAUGCAUCCUCGUGGUACGGGCAACACGAUUCUUAAGGAAGCACGGCAUCCAUGCAUGGAGAUGCAAGACGACAUCUCCUUCAUCACCAACGACGUUAGUCUGGUCCGAGGCGAGUCCGAAUUUCUGAUCAUCACAGGUCCAAAUAUGGGCGGUAAAUCGACAUAUAUCCGACAAAUCGGCGUCAUCGCUCUGAUGGCGCAGAUCGGCUGCUUCGUGCCCUGUAGCGAAGCCGAGUUGAGCUUAUACGACUGCAUCUUGGCUCGCGUGGGUGCCAGCGAUUCGCAGCUGAAGGGCGUGAGUACAUUCAUGGCGGAGAUGCUGGAGACGGCCAACAUCCUCAAGACCGCUACCCGAGAAAGCCUCGUCAUCAUCGACGAGUUGGGACGCGGCACAAGUACCUAUGAUGGGUUCGGACUGGCUUGGGCUAUUUCCGAACACAUCAUCAAGGAGAUCGGGGCCUCUUCUAUGUUUGCGACCCAUUUUCACGAGCUUACGGCGCUUUCGGAAACGUAUCCUCAAGUACAGAAUCUACAUGUUGUUGCGCACAUAGGUGGCUCAGAUGGUGAGGAUGCUGCGAUGGGUGGGCCGGGCGCAGGCAGCGCUGGACGCCGUCGCGAAGUCACUUUAUUGUACAAAGUCGUCCCUGGCAUCAGCGACCAAUCAUUCGGUAUCCAUGUCGCCGAGAUCGUACGCUUCCCGGCCAAGGUGGUCGCCAUGGCAAAGCGCAAGGCAGAUGAGCUGGAGGAUUUCUCCGGCAAUAACAGCAGUGGUCGAGGGAGAGACGCCCAAGGUGGCGAUUCUUCGGCGACAGAUGCCGAUGUCGAGGCUGGCAAGGCUAUGCUCAAGGAAAUUCUCGUCACAUGGAAAGAACAGGUUGAGAAGGAAGGGCUGAAUGAGGAGGAGCAAGUCCAGCGUAUGAGGGAUCUCGUCAAGGCGAAUGACAGCCUAAGGGCGAAUCCUUUCUUCAAGACCAUUGAAGCUCUCUAGAUGCAUCAUCUGCUUGGGUUGAGGUGGGCCCUGUUCUGAUCAGAGUCUUGACAGGCGAACACCACAGGUCGCGCAAGCAGUGUUGGAACAUUGUCGGCCAAGGGCGAAUUAGUCUAGAUACAGUCUGUGAGGCGAAUGGCUUUUCAAGGAGCCCUGGAAGAGACUACAAUAAUAGACAUGGCUCACGUGGUCAUGAUGUGUAAAAAUGCGCUAUGUAGAAUCGUACGCUGUCUGCGCGAAGCACGACGACUUCGCUAAAUGUGAAAAUAUGCAUGGACAAAAUGC